CCUCUGCGCUUUCAGCAGCCGCGGCCCCGCAGAGCCAGCCGGGCGUCCUACGGCGCUCGGCCCCUCGGCGGCGGAGCAGCGUCCCCGGCCGCCCGCGGCCCAUAAGGCUAAGGCUUUCCCACUUCAGCUACAGUGCUAGCUAAGUCGGGGAAGGCAACACGGAGCGAAGCCGCGGGUCCCCUCGCCUUUUAUCGGCACCGGACUGUGGCAGCGCUGGGCUGAGCGGGCCGGCAUGGCGCGGGGAGCGGAACGGGCGAGCGAGCGGCAGCGCUGCGGAUCUGUGGUUGCCUAUUUUACGUCUGCAAAGUUUCUUCUUUAUCUUGGACAUGCACUGUCCACUUGGGGAGAUCGUAUGUGGCAUUUUGCUGUGUCUGUGUUCCUGGUUGAACUUUAUGGGAACAGCUUACUCCUGACUGCAGUCUAUGGACUGGUUGUGGCGGGAUCAGUUCUUCUCCUGGGAGCCCUUAUUGGAGACUGGGUGGACAAGAACUCCAGGCUCAAAGUGGCCCAGACAUCCUUGGUUGUACAGAAUACAUCUGUCAUCCUGUGUGGUAUUAUCCUGAUGAUUAUCUUCCUGUUUAAGACACAACUUUUGACCUUAUACCAUGGAUGGCUUCUUACGAUGUGCUAUAUCCUGGUUAUCACCAUAGCAAAUAUUGCCAAUUUGGCCAGCACUGCCACAGCCAUCACAAUUCAGAGGGACUGGAUUGUUGUGGUUGCAGGGGAAGACAGAAGCAAACUGGCAGAUAUGAAUGCCACAAUAAGAAGAAUUGAUCAGUUGACCAAUAUCUUGGCCCCAAUGGCAGUUGGUCAGAUAAUGACAUUUGGCUCCCCGAUGAUUGGCUGUGGAUUCAUUUCUGGCUGGAACCUGGUGUCAAUGUGUGUGGAAUAUCUGCUGCUCUGGAAGGUUUAUCAGAAAACCCCAACUCUGGCUCUCAAAUCUGCAAAAGUCGAAGAAUCGGAACUGAAACAGCUGAACGUAAAGAAAGAGGGUGAGAUGAAGCCUGCUGAAGGAGUGCAGUUAAUUGUUGAGAAGGAUGUAACUGGCUUUGAGCCCCAAGAGGAGAAGGAAGUCGGCUGCACUGCCCGGAUUGCUGAACCUUUCAUCACGUUUCGUGAUGGAUGGGUUGCGUACUACAACCAGCCAGUGUUUCUUGCAGGCAUGGGUCUGGCAUUUCUGUAUAUGACUGUUCUGGGCUUUGAUUGUAUUACUACAGGCUAUGCAUACACUCAGGGUUUGAGUGGCUCUGUGCUAAGCCUCCUGAUGGGUGCCUCGGCAGUCACUGGAAUCAUGGGAACAGUAGCUUUCACUUGGCUUCGUCGCAAAUGUGGCCUGGUCCGCACGGGCCUGAUUUCUGGAGUGGCUCAGUUUGCUUGUCUGGUCUUAUGUGUCAUCUCUGUAUUCAUGCCUGGAAGUCCUAUGGAUUUGACCGUUUCCCCCUUUGCUGACAUCAGUGCCAGACUGUUUGAAACUGAACCCUUACCUACUAUAGCAUCUCCAGAAGUUAACCCUGAAGUGGUUCUUGCAACUGGAAUGCUCAACUUGUUAAACGGGUCUGCUCCUCCUGCUAUCAGUGACCCAGAGAUGAGUCCUGAGCCUGUGCCUUUACUCUCUGUUAGUCUCCUGUUUGCAGGAGUCAUUGCUGCUAGAGUUGGCCUUUGGUCCUUUGAUUUGACUGUCACACAGUUGCUUCAAGAAAACGUAGUAGAAUCUGAAAGAGGCAUCAUAAACGGUGUCCAAAACUCCAUGAAUUAUCUUCUUGACUUGCUGCACUUCAUCAUGGUCAUCUUGGCCCCAAACCCUGAAGCUUUUGGCUUAUUGGUGCUUAUUUCUGUGUCUUUUGUUGCAAUGGGCCACAUAAUGUACUUCAGAUUUGCCCAGAAAAGCUUGGGAAAACAACUCUUUAUUUGUUGCACUCCAGAUCCCAAAGCAGUCUCUGACAGUUCACCACCUGGUAACACAUCUACUGUCUGAAAGGAUCCACUUCUUUUACUAACUUGCUACACAAAUAUCAUGGUUAAACACAUAUACUGCCUUUUGUGAGCCUAGCUAAGGUGUUUCUCUAGAGUUGAAUGUAUAACAAGUUUUUGAGGAGGGUGUCCCAAGAGAGUUAAAAUUCAUCUUACAGUGACCCUGUAAAAAUGUUUCACGUUUGGCAGAGGACAAGGUAGUUGUCCAUCACUGUCCCCCCAGUGAUACUUUGCAGUUACAUGUACUCAGUUUCUUCCUGAAUUCUGAAUAAUUCUUGUGCUCACCCAGCAAAAUGAGGGGUUUUAGUUGCUUCAGAAUCAUGUGAUAAGAGUAUUGGUUUUAUGGUGUUUUUCUCUGUAUUUCCCUUACUAUGAACAGUUCUGCUCCCCUCUCUUCUCAGAUUGGCACAACCAGCCUUGCUGGAUUCCUGAAGUGAACUCGAGUUCUGAUAUUUUCUCAAAAUACUUUUUCAGUAUUCUGUCUGUUUUGGUUUAACUUUAAAGAAACACCUUUGUGUAGGUUUUUUGCAUGUUUCCUUCCAAAUUAAGAGAGUGCUAGGUACAAGACAUUGUAUUACACUUUUGUUGCACUUUGUUAGGUAAUAGGUAGCCUCAUUUUAGCAGAAGCUAUUGAUGUAACAUUCUGAAGCAUGGCUUUAAUUGCAAACUGCAGGUCUGCUCAGGUCUGUAGCAGAAAGUGCUAAGGUCAGGAGUACUGGUACACAAGGGUGAAGUCUAGGGCUAUCUUAGUUUUUGCCUUGGAGUAUAAGCAGCUUUAGUUUCUUUUCAGAUGCUAUUGUUUUCAGACACCCUAUUAAAGCCUGAUAUAUUGGAAAAUUAUUAAUAUUCUGGGCAGGAAAAGUAAAAAAGUGGAUUACUUGCAUUUAUGUUUUAUAUAUUUGUGAAUUUCUGACUUAGUUUGUUCUCAAAUACCACUGAAACAAUGAGAUGUUUUACCAUGUGGCCCUCUAAAGCAACUUCAGAGCAAUGCAGAAUUAUCCCUCCGAUUUUCAAGAAGUUCUUGCUUUGUGUAUUUUAUUUUUUUUUUUACCCUGCAUGUGUACUAACACAGUAUGUCCACAGUCACUAACUCUGUGUGCACUUUAGCAGAAACUGCUCUAUGCACUUUGUUUUCUCAGUAGAGUUGACCCUGGUGGUGUUCUGAGGUUUCUUGUGGCAUAACAGUUCGACUUCUAAACAUAAACCUUCAAAUGUUUGUUUGCCAAAUAAGCAGUAUGCAAAAAACACACAUCAGCAUCUUGUGAAAAGUAUUCUCUUUAAUUUUUAAGAUUUCUUUUUUAUUUUUAGGUACUGUCCUUAACAGUCAUCUGUGUUGCCAGACUUCAGCCCUGGAAUGUGAGCAUGUGAACUCCAGUGACAUUAAAGGCACCACACCAGGGCUGAAUCCAGGCCUUUCAGCUGAAAAUUUGUAAUGAUUACAUUAUAGAUCAAGCUAAAUAGAAUGUAAAAAAACGUGUAGUGGCAUUUGUCUUGGAUACAAAAUAUUGUAAGAGGAGGAAAGUGAAUGGGAAGCCAACUUACAAGCAAUACACUUGUAGCCCUCAGUGUUCAGUAACUGGAUGUAACAAUUUUUUCUCCUCUAAUGGACCAAACCUGCUCUGUUACUGAAAGUUUCUCAGGGAUGUUUUCACUAGGUUUAUAAGUGUUUCUACUUCGACCAAGCUUUUGGGCUUUGUUUUGAUAUAAAAAGUAAAAUAUGUUAGAGUAGUUUUAAAAAUUGGGGCUCAGUCCUGAAUGUAACUUCUUAAGGAAAAGGGAAUUUAAGUCAGAAGACAAACUAAACUUACCUAGACCUGUCAAAUAUGCCCACAGGAUCACCUAUGCAGUGUGUGAUAAGUACACCAGUAAAUAAAAUACCUUUGAUUUGCCAAA